UCUAGUUAUGCGUGCAUAAACCGGAUCUUGUCAAACCCCUAAACACGCUUGACGUGAAUUUGCAAUAAUAAAUUUUUUUUUUUCGCAUGCUCGUCAUUGUGAUGCGUUAUUCGCCGACGGGCAUGACGUUUCACACUCGUCUCGUCGUCGAACUUCGGAUCCGGCGUGAGCGUUUUCAUCGGACUAGUCCUCUUCUGUCGUCGAUUUGCUACUUCACGGGGGUAUGCCCACCACUUGUUCGACGAAAAUCCACCUGAAAUGUUGGAUGAUUAAGCAGAGUUUGGAGAAGCUUUCAUGAAAAGCGAGAUCUAUGGAUGUUUCUAGAUCUAAUCUGAUGAGAUCUCUCCACUUGAAGUUCCAAUGGAAUAUGAUUAUUUGCAUUGCCACUAAAAAUGGAUUCUGCUCAAUCUUGAAAUCUGGCAGCUUUCAAAUUGUUAUGGCCUUCGCCGUAUGAAGUUUACUGGUUGAAAGACUUAUAAAUUGAUAUUGGACGUGAAGCAGCGGAAACUUACCGUUGGGGGUUUUGCUUUUGAGGAUUCUAUGUUUGGCAACAUGCAUAGAGCUAGAUUGUCUCUUGGAGUAGCAUGGAAGAAUUUGCUAUCUAGAAAGUAUUUUCUUGCUGCACAUAUGAGUCAGUUGACUUGGAAUCAAAGGUGCAUUUUGAUGCUCAUUAUAUUACUUGCAACAACUCACGCACCAACCUAUUAUAUGUGAAUUCGGCAGUCUACAAAACGUGAUGAUGUGCCCUAUAUGAAGUUUACUACUUACAAAGAUUAAUUGACUGUGCGUGAAACAGCGAAGGGAGGUGUUUUGUGGUUGAAGAGUUUGCUUAGUUAAAAUGGUCAUUAAUGUUCUGUGUUCCAUUGCUGAAGCUCAUUAAUUAAUCGCAGUGACGCCAGACGACAUGCAAAGCUCAAUCUUGAUGAAUCUGGCAGCUCACAAAUUGUGAUGGCCUUCUCCGUAUGAAGUUUACUGGUUUAAAGACUUACAGAUUGAUAUUGGACGUGAAGCAACGUUAUCUCUUGAAGAAGUUGCAGCAUUCAGCUAUUCUCCAGAAAGUGUUUUCUUUCGAAAAGCCAAGGACCAAGGUUUAUUCUACAAGAUAGUUCUCAGCUUGCAUUUUAGGACAGCUAUCCAAAAAAAGUCAAUGGGGGCAUUCCGAGAAUCGAACUCGGGACCUCUCGCACCCAAAGCGAGAAUCAUACCACUAGACCAAAUGCCCUGUUGUUUAUGUAAUUCGAUCAACGCAUAACUGUUCUUGAAACUCUAAUAUUACUGGAAAUCAACUGAUGUAGGUGUUAUGCUUUUCAUUUCUCACAGUUGCCGUUUUGGAGAACCUGGCAGCAUAACAAAAAGGUGUUUUCGUGAAGCAAAUAUGAGUCAUGGAAUGUGAAAGCAGAGGUACCUUGUGGAUCCAAUUCUACGAGUUUUUAAACUUCCGCACUCAAUUUUCCGAAGUCAUGAUGGGCUAUUGUUAUGAUUCUUGAUUGUCACUGUAAAUCCAUAUGCUAUUGAACAGAUUGUUUUACGUUUGAAUGUUAAUUAUCAUAAAGUUAUCAGCAAAAGCUUUUGCCUUUCAAACGUGACAUGAAGCACUGCAUAGGCUAAUGAACAGAGUUCCUGAAUGCUAUUGAUCAAGCUUCUCUUGUAUUUUGGAUUUUAACUUGCUCACAUUCCAAGAGCUAGAGAUUUGAGUCCUGCUGCUCAUUGUUUUUCUUUUUUUUUUUGGCUUAACAUUUUGAUGAACAACUAAUUCUAGAAGUUGUAUAAUUUUAGGGGGAGGAAACUUGUUAAUUGUUAGAUUCUUUCAUUUAAAAGUAUUACAGUGUUUUGUUUACAAAUGUAAAAAAAAAGCUGAAUAUUAAAAGUUAUGGUUAAAAUUCAAAUAUAAACCAAAGCCAACUAAUAUAAUGCUUCUACAACAAGAAACUUCUCUAUUACCAAACAACUGUUGGAAAAAACCACUGUUAUUACCGGACAAGGAUCGAUCUUGAUCACAGUUUAGAUCAGCUAAUGAGAAUCUUCAGACUCUCAUCAGUCGCACCGCGAAUUUUCCAGUCAAAUCACUACGCAACUCUCUCACCUGCGGCAACCAUCGCCGGAGCUCUUCAAGAACACAUCAACUCUCCGUCCCCAAACUCCGGGAAGAAGAUUCACGCCGACAUAAUCAAAACUGGGUUUAGACCAAAUCUAAACAUAUCCAUCAAACUACUUAUCUUACAUCUAAAAUGCGGAUGCAUGACUUACGCACGCCAAGUGUUCGACGAAUUGCCCAAACCAACGCUAUCGGCUUACAACUACUUGAUCAGUGGCUACCUGAAGCAAGGAUUGAUAAAGCAAUGUCUCCUCCUAGUCCAACGCAUGGCAUUCUCUGGUGAAAACGCAGACGGGUAUACGCUCUCCAUGGUUCUAAAGGCAUCAUCAUCAUCAUCUACUAGUCUUGGUAGCUUAUGCAGGCUUGUCCACGCCCGGAUUAUAAAAGGCCACGUUGAGCUAGACGAUGUGUUGGUGACUGCGCUUGUUGAUGCUUAUGUCAAGAGCGGGAAGCUGGAGUGUGCGAGGACAGUGUUCGAAACGAUGAAAGACGAGAGUGUGGUGUGUUCCACAUCGAUGAUCUCGGGUUACAUGAACCAAGGCCUCGUGGAGGAUGCUGAAGAGAUUUUUGAUAAGACUAGAGUGAAGGAUAUUGUAGUUUACAACGCUAUGGUCGAAGGUUUGAGCAGAACAGGUGAGACUGCUAAAAGAGCUGUUGAGAUGUAUGUCUUAAUGCAGCGGGCAGGUUUCCAUCCGAAUAUCUCGUCAUUCGCUAGCGUGAUCGGCGCGUGUUCGGUUCUGACCGCGCGUGAAGUUGGUAUGCAGGUGCACGGUCAGGUUAUGAAGAGUGGUGUGUAUACGCAUAUCAAAAUGGGGAGCUCUUUGUUGGAUAUGUAUGCAAAGUGCGGUGGGAUUGAUGAUGCGAGGAAGGUUUUUGAUCAGAUGAAAGAGAGGAACGUGUUUUCUUGGACUUCGAUGAUUGAUGGGUAUGGAAAGAACGGGAACCCUGAGGAAGCGCUUGAGCUCUUCGCUAAGAUGAAGGAAGUGAAUAUAGCACCUAACUAUGUAACCUUUCUUGGAGCUCUCUCUGCGUGUUCGCAUUCUGGUUUGGUUGAGAAUGGCUAUGAGGUUUUUGAGAGCAUGCAGAGAGAUUACUCUAUGAGGCCGAAGAUGGAGCACUAUGCUUGCAUGGUUGAUCUCAUGGGACGGGCUGGAGAUUUGAGUAAAGCUUUGGAGUUUGUUAGGGCGAUGCCGGAAAGGCCUAACUCUGAUGUUUGGGCUGCUCUUCUUAGCUCUUGUAGACUGCAUGGGAAUGUUGACAUUGCAAGCGAAGCUGCGGAUGAGCUUUUUAAACUGAAUGCGGAUAAAAGACCUGGGGCUUAUAUAGCGUUGUCCAAUGUUUUGGCUUCUGCUGGUAAGUGGGAGAAGGUGAGCGAGAUUAGGGAUGUGAUGAAAGCUAGAAAGAUACCUAAGAACAUUGGUCGUAGUUGGAUCAGUGCAGAGAAAUCUCAAUGAAGGUCUUUUGAAUUAGAGUUUUGAGAUUUUUUAGAAUAAUUGAUUGGGGGAUAUCUAUGAAACAUUGAAACAUUCAGUAAAGCUUCUCUCAUUCAUGCCCAAAUAUGGUGAGCUCGAAAACAUAUGUUUUUUGUGACGAAAUCAAAUUAUAUAACGGUUAAUUAUGUUGCCUGUUUGUGUUUCUGUUGUGCGUUUAUAGAGAUUGCUUUGUAUGUAAACAAGAGAGCACAUGUUCAUUCUUGUGAAGCGUAUCAAUGGCCUCUUUUGAGAAGGGUGAACCAGGCCUGUUUCGGUAAUUUCAAGUGUCGCCAUGCCUAACAAUGAUAUUGGCCUUUGAUUUUGUGUGGUUGUGAACUUGUGGUAUUUGCAGCUGACAAAAUAAACUUUUUGAGAUCAA